AUGGCGAUCGACGCAGAACUGGAUGAGGAGGCGCAAGCGUUGGUCCAGGCAGCCGUGAGAUUCAUCCAGGAAGUCGGGGGUGAGGCCGACGCUGCUGAAGGAGGCAUUCCCGAGGCCGUGGAGCUGCGCAAGCAGCUCCAAGAAGUCGAAGAAUUGCGACGAGACGCGGGGGAGCUGGCGAGCAGCUCUGGCAUUCUCGCACUGAGAAGGGCCCUCUCUGCUUUGGAGCUUCUUCUUUUCUAUACGGUCAAGACGGAGGUCGCUGGAAAGUGCGCAGCCGUGAUGUACCUGACGAGUCGCAGACAACAGGUGAUCCUUGCACGCAUUGGCGAAGUGCUGUGGCUAGCCAGAGAUGCGGUGGAACUGGCACGUGAUGUUCAGGAUCCUUGGAUGGAAGCCGCAGCUCUGAAGGUGCUCACUCGUGUGCAUUUGAGCAGAGUUGGCGAGCCCGAUGCCCCAAUGGCUGCCAUCACAGAAGCCACAAAGGCACUGCAGGUUCUUGAAAACCUUGAGGAGGAAAAGGACCAGGACUACUGCAGAAUGCACGCUGAGAUCCUCUUCGUGUUGGGCGAUGCCCAGCUGACGAAGGCUUUGAAGUCUCCCUUCAGCCAGGCUCGCGAGGAGGCCUUGGAAGCUGCAGCGGAGACGAUGCGGAAGGCGACCGAGGCGUUCCGGAAGCUCGAGGACGUCAGGUGGACGGGUCGAUCCAUGCUCGGGACCGCACUGGCGCUCGUCGGUGUGGAGGACGAGGACCAGCAGAUGGACGGUGAAAGGCUCGCCGAGGAUGCCAAGGAUUUGUUCCACGAAGCAGCCGAGUGGGACUUGGAAGUUGUUGCCGUCAUGAUCAUCGUUAAGUGUCGCAUCACUACUUCUGGGCUGGACUGCGCCUUGUUGUCCGCGGAGGAUGCGGCAGAAGACUGGAAGGAGGAAGGUGGCAGGCCAGAGCACGUGGCUAUAGCCUUGCACUCGGCAGCUUCCAUCUACUUCCAGCUCAAGGAGAACCUGGAGAAGGCGGCACUCUAUUGCGAGGAAGCCUUGAAGCUUUUUCGUGCGGCCCAGUGGCGCCGUGCAGAGUCCGCCGUGCUGCAAACGCUAUCGAGAGUCGAGUCUCUCAACCGAAACUUUGACAAGAGCAUCUCCGCCAUCAAGGAGGCCGUUGGAAACUACAUCGACAUGCAGGACCGUCGCGGCGAGGCCGAGUCGCUGACCUUCGCUGCAGAGGCCUCCUUGAGCAGGCUCAACGCCGAGGAGCACAUGCUCCCGACGGAGCAAGCAAAAGCUUUGGCCGAUGAGGGCCGCGACUUCUCUGACCAAGCUGGCAACAUCUUUAGGGAGCUUGGAGACAAAGACGGGCUACAGAUGGUCGACGAGGUCAUGUAUCUGGCCUCCAAUGUGGCGGUGGAGCGGUAUUGCGAGGCAACACAGCCCACCCGGAUGAUCACCAACCUCAAGUCCGAUGGCAAUGGCGCUUCGGAGAUGUUCGGAGAAUGGCUCAUCGAUCGUGGUGAGGGCAUGGACAAGUUGCGGGUACGGAGGCUGAUGAAGAACGGCCGCUGUGAGGGGGCCGUGCAGUACCUUUAG